CAUUCUUGCUUGUGUUCUUGAUGUCUCUCUCCCAUUAUUCUUUCAUUGCAGCUGCCAAGUGAAACCUUAAUCUUGGGUUAAUUCAUCUGUCACUAUGGAAACACCUAUACCCAGAAUGCUAAAAGAAUGCUGAUGUGUUAAGAUCAUGUUUCUCCAAAUUUUGUUCUCCAACCUUAACUGGGCCCUCAAAGCUGCCCCGUGAUCCUGCUCAUUUUCCAAAUCAGCUCUUUUCCCUUCUCCACAACCCAUUCUUCUCAAACCUCUGACUUCAUCUCCUCAGUUGACCUCCCUUAUAGCUUAGUGGAAAAUGCAAGCAAGAAAAGCAAUUACAGACAAUGGUAGGUGCUGCGACAGAAAGUAUUGUGGCUGUGGGAGCAUCCAGGAGAGAGAAACAUCUAAUUUGGGCUUGAGCAAGCAGUCAAGUCUUCCUUAAAACAGUUCAGCAGUUAAGUUCUGAAGGGAGAGCCAGAGUUUGUCAGCACAGAGGAAACAAUGAAGGAAAAGCAAUUCUGUUGGUUGGAGCAUUGUGUGUAUGUUAGAAGGUAAAAUUGGAGAGGUGUGCAGGGUAGCUUGAAGCCACAUAAAAGAAUUUGGACUUGGUCCUGAGGAGAAUGGGGAGACAUUAAAUUGUUUUAAAUGGGAAUUAAAAUCAGAUUUAUUCCUUGGACUUAAGGGUGAAGGAGAGUUCAGGGUCAUGGAAGCAAAAAUAAGAACGCUUUUCAAGGAUACGAAUACAUUUCAAAGUUAAGAGGUGGACUUGACUUCUCUACCCCUUCAAUCUGAGUGAUCCUUGUAACCUUGUAUUUGUCUUUACUCACACAACGGUGUGGAAGUGAUGCUUUAUGAUUCUGGAGCCCAACCAAUUGGUCGUGCAACUUGUGAUUUUUUUUUUUCUCUUGAAAUUCACUGCCACUGUGUUAGGGAACUCAGGCUAGUCUGCUGGAUAAUGAGACCUUAUGCAGCAGAAACAAACCAUCCCAGCUGAGAUGAGACCGCCAGAUGAACCACCUAACUGGGCCUAGUUCAAUUUGAAAAAAAUGAAUGAAUUUUAAAGUUAGAUUCCUUAGAACAUGCUUCUACAAUACCUUGCAAUGCUCUGAUUCUCACAUUUGUCUUUUCUAUAUUGGAUUAUAAAUUCUAACAGCGCAGGCCUUACUGCUUAUUUUAUCCCAGUACUCAGCACACUGCCUGGCACAUAGUAGGUGCUCAAUAACCAUGAAUGGUUGAAGGGACCAGAUCUAUGGAGGGAGACACCAGAUUGCAAAGGUGCCUCCAGUAAUGAAUAUAUCCUAAACUGCACUUUAUUCUUAGGCCUUGUGGCCAGUGGUGGAUAGAAGGUGAAUUGUGAUGUGUGCGGAACACGGGACCUUGGGGGGUUCUGUAACCAAGAGGAGAAAGAAGUAACAACAGCCAGUGGCCACAAAAAGAACUGCUCCCUUCUUCCCCUUCCAAGUUCCUAGCAGAGAGCUGAACCCAGCAUCCCAGAUUUGUGUGACUACAUAGGCGAGCAUUUGGAGACUAACUUCACUUUGGUACCGUAGUCCUCAGUGGCUCGAGGGGUUGGCUUUCUGAGCAGAAGGGAGGAUUUUAAGUAGCAAAGCUCCCUGCUCUCAGCAAGCCCAACACCAUGGGGAGGGGAGACACCCAGGAGGCAGCACCACCCACCUCAGCCUACCGCUCUGUCAUGGAAGAGUAUGGUUACGAGGUAGGCAAGGUCAUCGGCAAUGGUUCCUAUGGGACGGUGUAUGAGGCUUACUACACAAAGCAGAAUGUCAGGGUGGCUAUCAAGAUCAUCUCAAAGAAGAAGGCUUCUGACGACUAUCUUAACAAGUUCCUGCCCCGUGAGAUACAGGUAAUGAAGGUCUUGCGACACAAGUGCCUCAUCAACUUCUAUCAGGCCAUCGAGACCACGUCCCGAGUGUACAUCAUUCUGGAGCUGGCUCAGGGUGGUGACGUCCUUGAAUGGAUCCAGCGCCACGGGGCCUGCUCUGAGCCCCUUGCUGGCAAGUGGUUCUCCCAGAUGACCCUGGGCAUCGCCUACCUGCACAGCAAAGGCAUCGUGCACCGGUGAGGGUGCUGCCACCCAGCCCUCUCCCUGACCCCCAGCCUUUCUGCUGCUGAUAGGGACUUAAAGUUGGAGAACCUAUUGCUGGACAAGCGGGAGAAUGUGAAGAUAUCGGACUUUGGCUUCGCCAAGAUGGUGCUUUCUAACCAGCCUUUGCAUAGUAGCCCUUCUUACCGCCAAGUGAACUGCUUUACUCACCUUAGCCAGACCUACUGUGGCAGCUUUGCUUAUGCCUGCCCGGAGAUCUUGUUAGGUUUACCCUACAACCCUUUCCUGUCUGACACCUGGAGCAUGGGUGUCAUCCUUUACACUCUAGUGGUCGCCCAUCUGCCCUUUGAUGACACCAAUCUCAAGAAGCUGCUGAAAGAGACUCAGAAGGAGGUCACUUUUCCACGCAACUACUCCAUCUCCCAGGAGUGCAAGAACCUGGUCUUCCAGAUGCUACGCCAAGCCACCAAGCGUGCCACCAUCCUGGACAUCAUCAAGGAUCCCUGGGUGCUUAAGUUCCAGUUUGAGCCACCCACUCAUGAGAUCAGGCUGCUCGAGGCCAUGUGGCAGCCAGCCAGCACCACGAAUCGUCACCAAUCCUUGGAAACCAUUACUAAAAAUGACUGAGGAAGGGGGUUGAGAGAGGAGCAAAGGAGGAGGGUCUGGGGCUAAAAAUCUUUUAUACCAAAAAUAAAUCUAAUUCUGAUUUAGUUUCAU